GCAACAACAACAGUAGCAGCAGCAACAAAACGUAUUGCAACAGCAGCAACAACAACAACAACGCUGACGCCACUGGAUAGAGUCGCCGGCAAAGUAACUGCAACAACAACAACAACAACGUCGACAACGACACCGUCUACGACGACUCCACCAGAGGAUUUAGAUCCAUAUGCAUUCACAGAGACUAUUGCAGUCGCACCGCCAAUUUUAUUUAAUGCACAGAAAUCGCGAGCCCGCUUAAACGAACACAGCAGCAAGAGCAACAAUAAUAAUAAUAAUAACAACAACAACAAUAAUAAGAGGCAAACAACAGCUGGAGCAGCCAACAGAAAGGCAAACCUUGUUGCACAGUUGAAUGCCACAGCAGCGGCAGCAGCAGCAGCAGCAGUGGUAGCAGUAGUAACCACAAAGGCGCAGGCGUCUUUAGCAACAACAACACCAAUAACAAUAACAGCAACAACAACCACAACAACAACGAAUUUCAAUAAUGUCACGCAAUCUCAAUCUCAGCCAAGGCAGCCGCCAACAUUGUCCCAACUGCAAUCGCAGUCGCAAACGACGACAACGUCACCGAAGCGAGCGACAAACGUUUGCAUUGUGAGGCCACAGCAGCAGGAGAAACUAGCUGGACUUGGUCAGCAUCAGCAUCACCAGCAACAGCAAUUGACUCAGCCGCAACCAUGUCUGCCUUCAGUUACAGUUUUAGCUCCGCCGCCACUUUACACCCACACGCCAUCGCUGUGGCAAACGCCGCUCAUACUGGACACAAACCAGAAACUACUGCAGCACCAUCAACAACAGCAGCAGCAGCAGCAGCAGCAGCAGCAGCAGCAGCAGCAUCAGCAACAUUCGGCGCAGCAGCAGGCUGUUAUUGCUUUGGUCAGUCCGCCCACAUCGCCCGCCUCGUUACCUUCGCCCACCCUGCCCCACAAUCCGACCGCUGUGACCGCUAUGGUAGCCCCAAUUGUUUCGCCCAAGGGUGGCGGUUUGCCGCCCUCGAAAUUCCAUCAUAACACAUUGGCCCAGCAUCUGCAGAAGGUCGAGUGCUUGAAGAAAAAGAAAUCCUUGCCGCUGGUAUGCCAAAACAAUAACAACAUGGUGGAGUCAUUAAACAAACCAUCAGCUGUCGGUGGCAUCAACAAUUACAAUCUAAAACAACCACCGCCAUUGACAGUGUUUACGACUGGAACACAACAAGUUCAAGCGGUUCCAAUCUCAUCAGCGCCAGCUUCUUUUCCAGUGGCUGGACAAAAAGCACCACAUUCCGUCAACACCUCCGCUCCCCCCACAAUGACACCCAGCAAUAGCAGCAGCAGCAGUAUAGAUGACAGUGAUCUCAAUGAGAUACCCGUCAAUGUAAUCUUUCGCAAGCCGCCACUGUUGAUGGCCGGAGUGGGAGCGGGCGCUGGUGCUGGAGUUGGAAUUGGAAUUGGCACUGAAUCUUUAGGUGGCUGUGGGGGAGAUAUGAGAAUUGUGACGCCAUUGACACCGCCAACGCCGCCUACGCCACCGCUGCUUGCCAAUCUCUUGCCGCAACUAACGGUGGUAUCUGGAGGCAUUGCACCCGCCCUAAAAAUGAAAACAGCUACGCCACAACCACUCCCACCAGCAGCACCAACAUCUGUACCCGCACCAUUAACCAUAAAAACUGAACAAAAGUCUUCCAAAGUUGCCAAUGGUAUUGUCGCCAUCAAUGCUACGCCCAAACGUCAAACGAUGCAAGCAACUGGCGCCAAGAAUGGCAACAACAAACUCAUCAACAACAACAAUACACCAUCAUUAGCAAAGAUGUCACCGCCGCCGCCACCGUUACCUUCAGUUGCAUCCCCAAUCCAUCUUGAAACCCCAGCCCCUAUCAUCAAAACGGAGACAUCGAUACGUCGGCGACGCUGUAAACCCGCCACUAAACGCUGUCUAACAAGCAGCGAGAAUGAAACCAUUUUGUCGGAUGUGCCCUAUUGUCUGCAACAGCAUUGGCUACACUCCGCCUCCUCGGGCAAGGAAUUGUCUCUGGAGGCACCUCUGUCGCCGAGCAAUCGACGUGAGGAGCGCAUUGCUGUGCGCAAGGGAUUGCUUCGUCGGCAAGCUUUGCAGUUAAUCUCCACGCGAUCAUUGCAAGAGGUUCCCAUGCGGGCAGCCAGGCAACGUCUGCAAUGUAUCCAGACUCUAUUGGUCAAAUACAAGGAUCAUGCAGCACAACAGCAGCCAAUAGGAAUUGGUAAUCGCUGCCUAGUGGCCAAUUGCAAGGAGCCCACAUUGAGUAUGGCAGCCCAUUGCGAACGCCACAUUGUGAAGAAUACCACACAGCAGCUAUUCCGACCCUGCAUGGCCUGGCGUAUGGAUGGUACAGCCUGUCAGUCACCUGUUUUUGAUGUCCUGCACACGCUCACACUAUGUGCUACGCAUAGCCAUCUGCGCGAUGUGGCCAGGCAGCCACCCAAACAGGUGACUCCGCCUGUGGUAAAGGCUGCUUCAAUGGUUUCUGUAGUAGUAGCCGAUACGACUGUUGUGGGUGGUGGACGCAAGCGCAAAACGAAUGCAAAUCCGGUAAAUCGUCCCCAAAAACGAGCCAGGAAACAACCCGAACAAGUGAUCACAACGCUUCCGCUUGUCAUGCCAUCGACUGUGUUACAGCGUAAGAGUAGCACCACAUCUUUGGAAUCCAUAGCCAGCAAUUCACAAUCUUCGGGGAAUUCGCAGUCUCAGCUGCCGUAUAUACCGCGUCAUUCCACUACGCCUACAUCUGUAUCCGCAUCCGCUAUUAUAAACACACCUGCAGCAUCCUUGAGUAAUCCAAAUCUAUCCAUACCUCCGGCGUUGGCUCCACUCAGCAGUGAUUACCAUCACCAGCAGCAGCAGCAGCAACAACAACCAAUGCUGAUGCCCAAGUUUGAACCGGAGGAGCAGCAACUACCUUUGAUUAAAUUCGAAGCGGAGCAGCAGCAUUUGGAUAAUAGUUUCAAUCUGUUAGCCAAUGCAAAUAUCAAGGCCGAAGAGAUUAGCCAAAUUGUGGCCCAAUUGGCGGCAGCCGAUAGUGAUCUUCAUCAUCACAAUAACAACAGUUUGCACUUUAAUCACAACACCAACAGUAGCAGCACCAUUCACAAUAGCAACAACAACAACAACAGCCUAAACUAUAGCAACAACAAUAGCAUUAGCUCCCAAGGCGGUGACAGCAUCAGUUUCCCCUCAUUUAAUACAGCCUUUGGCAAUGCCAUGGGUGGCCAACAUACAAUCACGCACAACGGUAUUAAUCGGAACAACAAUAUUGAACAAAUGGGCGAUACGGCGAAUCUAUUGGGUCAGGAUCUGUUUGGUGUCUGCGAUAAUAGUUCAGCCUAUGCCAGUUCCGAAGACACGGGCCUGGGUGGCCUAAGUGAAUCGGAGCUGAUGGGCGCUAACGAUGCUGAUGACAUAGCAUUGAAUGGUGCCCAUUUGCUGGAGGAGCACGAUCUGGUAAAUGUGUUCGACACGCUGCCGGACGAUGCCUUCAACGAAUUGUUUCAAUCCGUGCAACAAGCUGAGUGCGAGGCCAUGGAUCGGGCACUCGAAAUUGCCGAUAAGAACCUCAAGUGUCUGCAACAGACCAUUGGCGGCUCGGGGGACAGCGCCUUCCUUAACGAUUUUCUCGAUGUCAGUGAUGAUCUGUUGUCCGUGAUGAACUCACCGAAUACAUCCGGCAUCGAUGCCUCCACAAUUGUCGACAACAGUAACAGCAGCAAUGGCCCCAAUAAUUGUGCUCCCGCUGGCACAGUGUUGGACAUACGCGGCCUGGUGCAGACCUGAAUGGCGGCAUCUUUACAUCCACUUUCAAGAAUUCGUUAAUGGUAGAAAACUGUUCUUUACUUUUUUCCUCUCUCGUUUCUCUGUCAUUCUAAUGAACUAUAUAUGGGUUUUCGAGCCUUCUGAAUUUCUGGCCAAUUCUCAAAUCUCGUUUUUUGAAAUCUUUUGUUCUUUUUUUUCUUCAUCUAAAUAUAUUUCGGCCGUUCUUUGGAUA